CUCCUCACCGACGUCGCGACCUUUCGAGCACCUGCUGCGGAUCGACCUCUCAGUCGCAAUCAUGGCCUCUGCCCAACGAGGAGACAAGGUGGUGCACCAGGACUACAUCGCGCGCAUACGAUAUUCCAAUGCGCUACCACCACCUCCGCAUCCUCCGAAACUGCUCGAGAUCCCUGGGACUGGUCUAUCAGGCGGACAAUACACGAGCGCUGCAUAUGCAUCGCGACUGGCAAGAGAGCAGCCAUUGAGUGUGGAGAUCGAUGCGGAGCUGGGUAUGCCCAUAGAUCUCGUGGGUAUACCUGGUGUAUUCGAGGGAGAUGAUAGUGCCAUUUCGGUGCGACCUGGACCUCCAAAUCAUCACCCUGCGGACAAAGCACUCUUGCGACCACUUGCUGCGCUGAGCAAGGCAGGCGGAGCGACUGGCGCGGUGUCGUUCUUGCGCCGAACAGAAUACACAUCAUCACAAAACACACAGCACUUUACCUCAUCCACAUCGAAGGACCUCUUGAAGCUGCGAAAUGAUGCGAAGAAGAAGAAGGCGACUGUGAAUAAGGAUGACCCGAUCAACAUCAUGCGAGAUAUUGUCAAGGGCUUCGAUGUGGCAUAUCCAAGAGAUGCGUACAAAGGCGAGGACAGCACAACAAACUUGAGAGGAGCACAGCCAUCAGAUGCCGAGCUCAGCGCAUGGAAGAAUCCGAAGCAUCCCACGAAUCCCGACCUCAAACUCCUCGACUCAUACCCUGUGCUGCCCGACCCCGAAGCAAUACCCACGACUGGCUUCUUCUUGAUUAUGAAGUUCAUCACAAAUCCUUUAAGGAAGGGAGAAUACGACGACCGUCUAGACACAGCAAUUGUCAGACCAGUCAUCGAUGAAGACGCCGAAGUAGCAUUCUCGGAAAAACUCCGUGAAUGGGAGGAGUCGAGAUCCACGAGACCAGAACCUAUCCGCGAGUACGACUACGAUUACUACCUUCCAGAGAACCCCGAGGCCGUCCGCAACCUCAAACGCAAACUCGACGUCAACGACCCUGAAAACGAGGACCCAGCCCUCUAUACCGACGAAGUGGCCGACGAUCAAAUGGCAUUCAAGUAUAAGAGACUGCGGACGUACGAGACAUACAACCAGCACGGUGAUGUGAACAACCUUUACAACGACACCGUCGCUCUGGCAUUGCAUGAUCCCGAGACGGAAGAGGGACAUGCGAAGAGGUUGGCCAAGGGAGCGUACUUCUACCCGAUUGUGCAGAGGACUGGGUUGCGGCCGAAGAGAGUGGUGGGUAGCAGGAUGUAUGAUCAACAGGAGAAGAUUGAUGAGCUGAAUGUCAUGGUUACGGAGCCGAACGAUGAUUUGCAGGCGAGUCAGAUGGAGAAGAGGGCGAUGCUGGAUCCCGCGUUGCGGGUUGAUGAGGUGGUCUGA